ACACUCUACUUUUUGGAAUGGUUGGGCAAGUUUUUGGACAACCUGACAUCAGGAUAUUUGGGUGAUCUAAAUACAAACAAAAACACUUUGCGGUCACUGAUACAAACAGAAAAGCAAAAGAACCCAAACAGUGGCAAUCUACAAUGUUUGCAAAAAGAGGUAGAAGCUACCUCGAUAGAAAUUGGUGACUAUACAUUGGAAAUUGAGCAACUUCUCAGAGAAGUUGGCCAAAUUUAUGAAGCUCUAGAAGAAGUUUCUGCCACAAAAGAUAAACUUUUCCUCUCCCUUCCCCAGAUUGCUGCAGAUCUGCUGAUAUCUGGUGUUCCCAUUGAGCUGAUGGAUGGGGAUGCUGCCUAUGUGCCUCUAAGGUGGGCAGCAGCCCUUUUUGACAAGGUCUCUGAGAAACUUGGAAACAAAUGGCUGUUUAUUCUCUCCAUCCUUGGCCUACAGAGUUCAGGGAAGUCCACCCUGCUGAAUGCACUUUUUGGGCUGCAGUUCACUGUCAGUGCUGGGAGGUGCACCCGGGGGGCCUACAUGCAGCUGCUGAAAGUAGAGGAGACUUUCACAGAGGAAAUGGGCUUUGACUUUGUGCUUGUUGUGGACACAGAAGGACUUCAGGCUCCAGAACUCAGCAACAAAUCCAAGAAUCAUGAGAAUGAGUUAGCAACCUUUGUCAUUGGACUUGGAAACUUGGCUCUGAUCAAUAUUUUGGGGGGAAUCCAUCAGAAAUGCAAGAUAUUUUACAAAUAG